GCCGACGCAAUGCGCCUCACGCCUCCGCCGAGCACCUUCGCCGGGGCUGCCGCUCGCUCCCUCUCGGCCGCCGCGCUCGCCGCCCUGCUGUCUGUGAGCUCAAUAACGCCGUCCGUGCCGCCCGCCUUUGGGCCGGCGGCCGCGCAGGCGAAGGAGCUCGCGUCGGGCUCCGGCUCGCGCGUCAACAAGGACCCGAUCUCGCUGCUGCGCCUGGCGCUUCCCAGAGUAAGCAAGGAGGCGCGCGAGCUGCAGGCCGGGCUGGAGGAGUGCCAGGACAACCUCGCCCGGCUCAACGGCCAGGUCGCAUCGUCAGCGCUGCAAAAGGCAAAGGUGGCAGCCGGCAAGAGCGGUGCGAUGCUCAAGUCGGUGCCGCCCGCCAAGGCGGCGGAGGCGCAGGCGGCGCUCGACACCAUCAACGCCGCGAUGGACGAGGUCGGCGCCAAGAUCGCCGCCAGCAGGCAGGGCGAGGCGCUCGCGGCGACCGAGCGGGCGCUCGGCGCGGUGACGCAGCUGCAGGAGGCGAUGGCGUCGGGGUACGCGCAGCCGAGCCCGCCCAAGGAGUUUGCGUCGCUGCCCUACCUCAAGGGCCGCGCCACCGUCGACCUCGUCCUCCAGCCGGGCAAGGAGCACGGACAGUUUGACGUCGAGGGGAAGCUGUACAAGCAGCUCGAGGUCAAGAUGGUGGUGGACGGGUACACCUCCCCGAUCACGGCGGGCAACUUCGUCGACCUCGUGCGGCGCGGCUUCUACAACGGGAUGCACAUCCAGCGCUCGGACGGCUUUGUCGUGCAGACGGGCGACCCGUCGAACGAGCUCGAGGGGUCGGGGGCGGACGCGAAGAAGAACGGGUAUGUCGAGGGCGGCAAGGUGCGCAAGAUCCCGCUCGAGGUGAUGGUGCGCGGCGACAAGGACCCGAUCUACUCGGCCACGUUUGACGACGACGGGCGGGGAGGCUACGCGGCGGCGAUGCCCUUCAACUCGUACGGCGCCCUCGGGAUGGCGCGGGAAGAGUACGACCCCGACUCGGCGUCGUCGCAGUGGUUCUGGCUCCUCUUCGACUCCGACCUCACCCCCGCCGGCAAGAACCUGCUCGACGGCCGCUACGCCUGCUUCGGCUACACGGUCGACGGCGCGCGGCUCCUGUCAGACGUCAAGGAGGGCGACAUCAUCGCGUCGGCGAAGGUGAGCUCGGGCGAGAGCAACCUCGUGCUCCCCACCGCGCCCGCGCUGGCGGUCGCCGCCGAGUAGUAGCGCGCACGCCUCUGGACGGGCGCGGGAGGGGAGAGGGGCACGCGUCGCGCAUUGCGCUGCGCCGUGCCGUCGGAGGCUGCAUGUCUACCGUGUUGCGUUAGGGCAUCGCUGGCGCACCACACCCACACUCACGCGCGACCACUGCGGAGGUGCGCCCGUCGGGCGUGUGCCUCUCAGCUCUCUAGCUCUCUCUUUCCCGCUGCAAUCUCUUGCGCGAGCUCUUAGCGUGGGUCGCGUUUGUCGAGGGGGUCAGCGAGGGUCUCGCCAUGUGGAUGCCAUGGCGCGCGCUGUGUCGUGUGUGUUAAGCCUUCUAUUUCCUGUAGAGAGCGAGAGUCAUGAUGUUGAUGAUAUGCAUACACGCGA